GCAGGUCCCGGCCGCCCGGAGGAAGUGCCCUGCCCGCCGCUCGCAAGCAGAGGGGCCGCCGCCAGUGCUCCAGCGGGGUCUCGGGCCAUGGAAGCGGAGCCGCCGCUCUACCGGGUGGCGGGGGCUGCGGGGGCGCAGGGCGAUGAGGACCGGCUCGGGGUCCCAGACGGGUCCGGGGCUCCGCUGGACGAGCUGGUGGGCGCGUAUCCCAACUACAACGAGGAGGAGGAAGAGCGCCGCUACUACCGCCGCAAGCGCCUCGGCGUGCUCAAGAACGUGCUGGCGGCCAGCACCGGCGGCAUGCUCACCUACGGCGUCUACCUGGGCCUCCUGCAGAUGCAACUGAUCCUGCACUAUGAUGAGACCUACCGUGAGGUGAAGUAUGGCAACAUGGGCCUGCCGGACAUUGACAACAAGAUGCUGAUGGGCAUCAACGUGACCCCCAUCGCGGCUCUGCUCUACACACCUGUGCUCAUCAGGUUUUUUGGCACCAAGUGGAUGAUGUUUCUGGCUGUGGGCAUCUAUGCCCUCUUUGUCUCCACCAACUACUGGGAGCGUUACUACACCCUUGUGCCCUCAGCUGUGGCCCUGGGCAUGGCCAUUGUGCCACUUUGGGCCUCCAUGGGCAAUUACAUCACCAGGAUGGCUCAGAAGUAUUACGAGUACUCCCACUAUAAGGAGCGGGAUGAGCAGGGCCCCCAGCAGCGCCCGCCUCGGGGCUCCCAUGCACCAUACCUCCUGGUCUUCCAAGCGAUCUUCUAUAGCUUCUUCCAUCUGAGCUUCGCCUGUGCCCAGCUGCCCAUGAUCUACUUCCUGAACCACUACCUGUAUGACCUGAACCACACACUCUACAACGUGCAGAGCUGCGGUACUAACAGCCAGGGCAUCCUCAGUGGCUUCAACAAGACUGUUCUGCGGACGUUACCACGGAGCGGGAACCUCAUUGUGGUGGAGAGUGUGCUCAUGGCGGUGGCUUUCCUGGCCAUGCUGCUGGUGCUGGGGCUGUGCGGCGCCGCCUACCGGCCCACUGAGGAGAUCGACCUGCGCAGCGUGGGCUGGGGCAACAUCUUCCAGCUGCCCUUCAAGCACGUGCGCGACUUCCGCCUGCGGCACCUCGUGCCCUUCUUUAUCUACAGCGGCUUCGAGGUGCUCUUUGCCUGCACUGGGCUCGCCCUGGGCUAUGGUGUGUGCUCAGUGGGACUGGAACGCCUAGCCUACCUCCUUGUGGCUUACAGCCUGGGCGCGUCAGCCUCCUCAAUCCUAGGCCUGCUGGGGCUGUGGCUGCCACGCCCAGUGCCUCUGGUGGCUGGGGCUGGCCUGCACCUGCUCCUCACACUUGGCCUCUUUUUCUGGGCCCCUGCACCUCGGGUCCUGCAACACAUUUGGAUCCUCUACGUAGCAGCUGUCCUCUGGGGUGUAGGCAGUGCCCUCAAUAAGACCGGGCUCAGCACACUCUUGGGAAUCCUCUAUGAGGACAAAGAAAGACAAGACUUCAUCUUCACUAUCUACCACUGGUGGCAGGCAGUGGCCAUCUUCACCGUGUACCUGGGCUCAAGCCUGCCCAUGAAGGCCAAGCUGGCGGUGCUGCUGCUGACGCUGCUGGCGGCCGCAGCCUCCUACCUGUGGAUGGAGCACAAGCUGCAGCGGGGCCUGGUCCCGCGCCAGCCCCGCAUCCCACGGCCGCAGCACAAGGUGCGCGGCUACCGCUACCUGGAGGAGGACAACUCCGACGAGAGCGACGCGGAGGGCGAGCACGGCGGUGGCGGCGGCGGCCUGGGGGACGGUGUGGAGGAGGAGGUGGCACCCGCGGGGCUCCGGCCCGGCCCCGAGCCAGGCGGCCUCGGCCGCCGACCCUGCCCCUAUGAACAGGCCCUGGGGGGCGACGGGCCCGAGGAGCAGUGAGGGGCCCAGCCAGCUCACCGGCCUCGGUUUACCGCGUCUCAGGUCGGGGACCCUGCAGUGCACCAUCCUCAGGAAGGACCUUCUCCCCGGGGUGCGCGUUCAGGAACCGAGCCCAGGCCUGGGGCUGAGAGAGAGCACAGACGACCCCCCUCCUCCGGGGUCUGCUCCCCACGACCACGCCCAGGCCCGAGAAGUGUCGGGGUCCUUUGCCGAGCUGCCCCCCAACCCCGCCCCAGCGCUGCCCUCCUGCCCGCUCUGCAGGUGUGCCACAGGCUUUGCACAUCCUAUCCCCACGGCCCGUCUAGGGGCAUGACUUUUUAUAGAAAAUGAGAAAUAAAGAGGUUUUGUAUUGUC